ACCCUCGCACACUCGGGUGAUUGUCUUCCUGGUUUUCAUAUUCAUCGAUAUCGUCCAGUGUUCAUUCCGCAGCGGGUACCAAAACAAACGGUGCUGUGGGUUUGCUCAAUCACCAGCUUUCUUUGGAAGACGUUGGCUCGACGAGAUGUUGAUGAGUGGGUCGUAUAUUCGCAGCUUCUAGGCCCCGCUUUCGUUGGUAAAAUGCCAACUUCUUGCUCCAUCAAACGUAGCUUUUAGUGGUGGAGCAAGGGUAGAAACGAAGCGUUGGUGUCAUGGCGCUGUGGACGGGAGAUGCUGGAGUUUAAUGAUCCCUGGAUUGGUUUGGACGAGUGCCUGAUGUCAAAGAGGAGAGUAAGAGGAGUGCGGGAAAUUUGCUUCCUCCGACAUUUAUGCUCGUGCACAUAUCUCGCAUCUUAAACGUUCAGCUCUUUGGACUUAGCUGUGUUGCGGGUUUCAUGGUUCUAAUCACGUCAAAGCAGUUGGAAUUGUGAGGACUUGCUGCGAGUGUUAAGGCAGUACAUUUUAUCCCAAUUUCUAUUGUUACAUCAUUCUAUCCACUAUCAGGGACUGGCAGUUACUUCAAAAAUCCUUUCACAGUUUAUUUUAGUCGUGGGCAAGAUUUAGCCCUCGAAUGUGUUGAUGGAAACUCGGAGGAUUUCACGGCGCUAACCUUAGAUUCAUUGAUGCACUGGUUUGGACGUAUUGGAUCUUGAAGCCAGCUGAAAGGGCUGCAAUGGGACAGUAAUGUGUUUAGAAGGGGACAGGGGGGCUCAGGCAGUUCGUUUGUUGAGCUGGUGAUGGCUGGGGAUCAGAGUUUAUUCGGGGAGUAACCUGGUGACUAAACAGAGACUUUGUAAGCUCUGGCAGGCUCGUUUUGUCCUACGGGGGUGAAUUUUUGAAAUUCUUCAAAAUGAAGUUGCAUGUGCACGUACUGGAGGCUCGAGACCUUGCAGCUCGAGACCCAAAUGGUCUAAGUGACCCUUUCGUACGCUUGCAAUUAGACGCCACAAAGACGAAAACGGCUGUAAUUCCGAAAAAUCUGAAUCCAGCUUGGCAUGAAGAAUUCUUCUUUAAUGUGGACGAGACUCAUGAGGAGCUACUGCUAACGGUUUGGGAUGAAGAUCUCAUUACUCAUGACUUCUUAGGUCAGGUAAUAAUCCCAAUCAGCGACAUUAUGGCUGCAGAGAAGAUGACUAUCACGAGAAAAUGGUAUACUCUUAAAAAACGCAGCGAAAAAUCCAAAUUCCCAAUCACUGGCGAGAUAAUGCUUAGUCUCAUUUUGUUUGGGAAAGAUGUGUCGUCCGGUCCAAGACUUCAAAGAUGGAUUCCAGAAGAGAAACAUUUACCUAUUGGUUCGCCUCGUCAUGACGAUUCCGCAUCUUUGAUCUCGCCCACAAGUUCCAUGGAUUUGAGUGACUUUUCGACAGAAGUUUCCAGCCUUCCGGAUUUACCGGGAUCUCCAAGCUUAAGGGGAUCUUGGCCUAGUGGUUUUGGCUCAAACUAUGAUGAAGACCCUUCAAAAGAGCAAAAUAAGGCUCCCAAGACCUUUGCAGAUAGACUUAAUGUUCUUUUCAAUAAGAAAGGGAAACCAGGAGUUGAUGAGCCUUCUAAAUAUGGUGGGGAAGGAUCAACGACGUCACAUCCAAAAUACAGUGACGAAGGUUCUGUAGAUGGUUUGGAUGGGUUUCCAGAUGAAUGCAGUGACGGUGAUGUUGAUACAUUGGUGACUUCGUACUUUGACGACGACGGCAAGAGUGUGGAGGCGUCACCCGAAGACUUUCCUCCCCCUUUGGCCGGUGGAGUUGUGUUAGAUCAAAGAUAUGCCGUCAGUUCUAAAUUUCUGAGCGCGCUGAUUCUCAAGGCUGGUUCCCCAUUUGUUCAAGAGCUUUUAACUGUACAAAAGACAACCGAGUAUAUUGAGGGGCCUUGGAAGAGUGAACAAAGCGGUGCAAUUCAACGAGUUGUUACAUAUAUGAAAGCUGCAACGAAAAUGAUAAAAGCAGUGAAAGCCACUGAGACACAAACAUGCAGGCGUCAAGAUGAGAAGGGUUUUGUUGUUGACGUCUCCUGUGCCACUCCGGAUGUACCAUAUGGUGGCUGUUUUGUGGUUGAACUUCAGUUUUGCAUAUUGGCGGGACCAGAUCAACCCUCAAAUGAGAAAUCUUGUAGAUUGCAAAUAUCGUGGAAACUCAAUUUUCUACAAUCCACAAUGAUGAGAAGCAUGAUUGAGAACGGUGCUCGUGCUGGUAUCAAGGAAACUUACGAAGUAUACCGACAGGUCUUAGCUAACCAUGCGAAAUCUGUUUCUGAAGAACCCUCAGAAGGAAAAUUAUUAUCUGCCCCCAAGCAGGAAGAAAAACCACUGAGUGAUUGGGAGUUAGUAAGAGGCUACUUCGGAAAAUUACAUGUCCUGCUGGCUUUGUUGUCCCUAACCAUUGUGCUUUUGCACAUAUGCUUUGCAUCCCCUACUUUAAGAGCUACUCUUAUACGGUGGGGCUUGGACCUUCCCGAUACUAUGUCGGAGCUGCUCUUCACAGCCAUUGUGGUUUUGCAAGUUGAGAGGGUUGUUAAAAUGACGCAACAGUUCGUUCAAGCACGAUUUUGGCAAAGUGGAGAUCAUGGAGUGAAGGCUCAGGGUGACGGGUGGCUAAUGACUGUGACGUUGAUUGAAGGAGUGGAUCUGAGUCCUAAUGAUAAUAAGUUAGCCAAUCCGUAUGUUGUCUUCACUUGCAGUGGCAAGAGACGCACAAGUUCUGUGAAACUGAGAACUCUCAAGCCACGUUGGCGUGAGAUUUUUGAGUUCGAUGCCACAGAGGAUCCUCCUUCAACUAUGGACGUCGAAGUCUUUGACUACGAUGGGCCUUUCUCUGAUGCUGAAUCACUUGGUCAUUCGGAGAUCAAUUUCUUGAAGCAGAGUCCUGAUGAGCUGGCCGAUUUUUGGCUCCCGUUAUCCGGGAAAAACGCUCGAACGCAUGGGUCUAAGUUGCAUCUUCGAGUUUUCCUGACAAACACAAAACAAUCGGAUGCUUUACCUCAGUACCUUGACCGGGUUGAGAAGGAGCUUGGAACCAAGGUUGUGGUGCGUUCUGCCCAGAAGAAUGGCUCAUUUCAGAAGCUGUUUGCGCUUCCAGCUGAAGAGUUUCUCAUCAAUGACUUCGCGUGUGCCAUCAAGAAAAAGUUCCUUGUACAGGGACGUCUGUUUCUGUCACCCAGAAUGUUGGGUUUUUACUCGAAUCUCUUUGGUAUUAAGACCAAGUUUCAGUUCAUAUGGGAAGACAUUGAGGAGAUUGUAGAGACGCCUGGAGUUAUGAAUCCCUAUAUAGUCAUGUACUUGCGUAAGGGCCGAGGUCUUGAUGCCCACAAUGGAAUGAGAGGUGUCUGUCCAAAUGGCCGUGCGAAGUUUUACUUUUGUUCAUUUGUCAAGCCUGUGACAGCUUUCAGAACAAUCUCAGCUCUAUGGAAGAACAGGAAGCUGAGCCCAGAGCAGCAACUGGAACUUGUUGCCAAUGUACAAAGGAAGCACCCUGAGAUCGAGAGGCUGGGAGACGACACAGAUUCUUUUACAGGGAUGGAGGAGGCCCACUUGUAUCAUGUUUGUUCCUUUGAUAUUCCUCUAACGACGGAUUCUGUGAUGAUACUCUUUGAUAAAGGGAAAUUGGAGGAGGUUGUUGCGGAGAGAAUGGGCUAUGUAAAUUAUGAAAGCUCAUCUUGGGAGCGUGUUGAUAAUCAGCCUGGUGUUCAACGCCGGGAGAUUAGCUACCAACUGAACCGACAGAUUAGUCAGUUUGGAAGCAAAAUUUCUUGCGUUCAGCAGAAGACUAGUUCAGAUAGCUCGAAGGUUUUCGUAAUUGACGAGGUUCUCACUCUUCACGAUGUACCUUUCGGUGACCACUUUGAGGUCCAAGUGAAGCGAGACAUUGAAACAACUUCCACAAAUCCACCGAGAAGCGCCGUGAAAGUGUCUGUAGGAGUGGCAUGGCACAAGAACACAGAGUUUAAGAAGAAGAUCACUAAAAACGUUCUCGACCACAUGGCGAAAGAGAUCCGAGAGGUAAUGAACAUCAGUGUGAAAGAGGUGAAGGCACAUGCUCAAGACAAGAAAAGUGCAGCUGAUCGGUCCAACCGUGGUUCAUAAGCUCAUUGCUAAGGUCCGAGUUUUUUCAGACAACCGCUCAAGCAAAAUGCACGGAUGUGGUGAUUUGUUUACAACGCUCAGCUCCACCGCUAAAAAACUAACUCUGCAAAAAGACGUCUAUGGUCAAGGAAGGAUUGCAGAACUUGAUCAUUUGAACCAAGUAGAAAACUCCUACCUAUUCUCUGGAGUGAAGAUUGGCGAUCAGUUUUGCGUCUACAAAACCAAGACACUGUAUUACAGAUCAUCCUGAACACUAGGUGUACAAAAGCGUUUUGAUUAUGUUCAGUUUGUGGAGCAGCAAACUAACUGAUAAUAUGAAGUGGGUGUCAUAGGAAAAAUGGACUCCGAAACAGUUUUCUGAAAUUCGAUUUCAUUUGUACAAUAAAUAUUGGAGAUGGAGAGAAAGACACCCGAGGUGGAACAUGAUUCUUUGUUUCCAUGAGUUUGUAUCACAACUAGGGAAUUUCAGGAACAAUAAUAUGCGGAGAAUAAGGAAGAAUGGAUGGAGUCAUUGUGGAUUCACUAUCCAACAUGUGGAAGUUGUUAGGUUCCUCACGUAAUUAUCCAAUUAUGUUCAAAAUUAAAAAAAAGAUUGUACCUGA